AUUUAAAUAUUUGAUAUGUUUCAUUCAUCCAACAUUUAUCUACAUUUGAUUUUUCUUCUUCUUAUUUUUCUUUUAUUACAGUUUGACAAAGAUGGUAAUUUAUUUCGGUGGACUGGUAGCCCAAUACUACUAGAUAGCGAAAUUCCCCGUGACCCAGAAAUAUUGGAAUUGUUAGCCAAGUAUCGUCCUGCUGUUGAAGCUCUAACCAAAGACGUAUAUGGUUUUUCAAAAGUUGAAUUGCAAAAGAAUUGCACAAACUACGAGUGUAACUUGGGCAAUUUGAUAACCGAUUCCUGGGUCUAUAGUCGUGUGCAAAGCAAACAAUACACAGGCCCCGGCUGGACAGAUGCAUCAAUUGCCCUGGUCAAUGCAGGAGCAAUUCGGUCAGCCACCACAAUCGGAGAGCUCUCACAAUUUGCAUUAUCAACGAUACUACCAUUCAAUAACAGUUUGUAUGUGGUACAAGUGCCGGGUUCUUGUUUAAAAGCCGCUUUGGAGUAUACAGUGCGCGAGUAUGUAUGCGGUGGGUAUGUGCGUGGUUUUCUGCAAAUGUCUGGCCUGCAUGUUGUGUUCAACCUAAGCAAAACGCCUGGUGAUCGUGUGCAAUCGGUGGAAGUUUUAUGUUCCAACUGCAGUACUCCCGUAUACGAACCACUUGACUUGAUGAAAGUUUAUGGUGUUAUUCUUGAAUCAUUCAUAUACGGGGGUGGUGAUGGGUUUGACAUGUUCGAGUCCUUGAAAGCAAUCGAAAUGUCAACGACCUCAUUGGACUCGCUUACCAAUUAUAUCAAGCAUGUAGAAUGGAUCUAUCCAGCCGUCGAGGGUCGUAUCAAGUUCGUUGCAGAGAACAACAAUAGCACAUCUGACUCAAGCAUUACAACACCAAUCUCAAUCACUCUUAUUGCCGUUUCAUUGCUUUUAGUCAAGUCUCAGUUUUAGUCAAUAUAUUUAUUACGAGAUCAGUUUCGUUCAUUUACAGUGAUUUAGAAAAUUAACAAUCUAGUACAUAUACAAAAAUAGAAUGAAAUAAAAAUUUGAAUACGAGAAUGAUGAGCGAUGUGCCAUGGAUCUUAUUUCAGUUGUACAGUUGUGUGAACAAUAAAAUAUAACAUACGUCACGUAACCGA